CAUUCGGCUGAAACUUCUCAACAUGGCGUCGCAGCGCAUCGACGGAGUAAAAACGAUGGAAAACGCGAGUCCAACUUCAUCCCGUCCCUGUUUUAGCAGCGAUAAAUAUUCUUUACUGGUCGUGGUCGGGGAACACACCGCUGCCGGUUCUGUGGAGUACCUAGUUUCGGAGAUUGAGCGAGGUAUUCGCUCCUGGGAUGUGGACCUGUCCUCCUGUAAUUUGGACGAGCAGCUCAAACUCUUCGUCUCCAGACACUCCGCGUUCUUCUCUGAGGAGCUCAAAGGCCAGAGGACACUGCAGCACAAUGGAGAUGUUCUGGAGACGCAAGUGGUUGUAAACCCAUCCCACAGUUUGGUGUGUUUAGAGGUCCGUCGGCUUAUUACCGACGUGUCUCGUCACAAGCUGCUGAUUCUGGCUGGACAGUGUGUGGAAGACACUGGUGACCUUGUAUUACAAACUGGUUGCUUUUCACUUAAUGACUUCAUUCAGAUAUUUGCUCAUGACGAGAUCGGUGAGAUGUUGAGCUCAGCAGACCCUUCACACAAAGCAAGCCUCACGCUGAGUUGCCCCAUGUCUGGAGCGUGGAAGAGCUCUAUGUUGGAGAAGCACAAUUUGCAAGACUUUAUUGAAAUCAAGAUCAACCCCCCAUCAGUGUUGCCGGAGAUGGAAGGUCUGCAGGAGUUUACGGAGUAUCUUUCUGAGUCUCUUGAACCUCGGUUGGCUUUUGAGCUCCUUGAGCCUCCUAGUACAGUUGGCUUUCUAAAACUGUCCCGUCCUUGCUGCUACGUGUUUCCUGGUGGUAGAGGAGACUCUGCCUUCUUUGCUGUGAAUGGAUUUAACGUGUUGGUCAACGGUGGGUCUAAUCCACGGUCUUGUUUUUGGAAACUGGUGAGACAUUUGGACAGAGUGGACUCCAUAUUGAUGACACACAUUGGUGCGGAUAACUUGCCAGGUAUGAACAGCUUCCUCCGGAGAAAAUCGGCAGAGCAGGAAGAAGAGGAUUCAUCUGGAUCCCAGAGCAAUGAAGACUGGCAAAGGAACUUGAUAUCUCCAGAAAUCGGGGUUGUGUUCCUUAAUGCUCCUGAAAGACUUAAGACACUCCAAGGUGAUCCUAAGGUCUUGCGUGGCUGUGAUCAGGUUUCACUUACACUACAACAUCUAGAAAAGUUAUCUAUCUCUCCAGAAUCGCUCAGUCGUCCUAACGGUCCAAACAUCGAACCAUUAAUCCUCUUUCAGAAGAUGGGCGUCGGCCGAUUGGAACUUUAUGUUCUUAAUCCAGUCAAAGGUAGUAAAGAACUCGAAACUUUUAUGCAGAAGUGGCCCAGUAGUGCCUCCGGUGUGAAGGCUUCAGAGAUUCCUUUAACCUGCCUGGUUUCAAUAUGUGCACUGUUGGUAUGGCAUCCUGCUAGCCCUCAGGAAAAAAUUGUUCGUGCUCUCUUUCCUGGUUGCACGCCACAGGCAAAGAUAUUUGAUGGUUUGGAGAGGUUGAAACAUCUAGACUUCCUUAAGCAUCCAGUGGUGAGUUUACAGGAUCGUGAAGCAUCUAAACCUGAUAAGCAACCAAAGCGUGCAGAGAGCAAAGAGAGCCUUAAGUCUCUCACCAGAGACUCAAGACCUGGGAGUGCCUCGCUUGUCAAAGACAAGGUAAGCAAAGUUGACAUAAAGAAACAAGACACUAAAGUGAAAGCCAAAUCUGUAAGUGAAACCAGCCAAAAAGAGUGUAAAGAAGGGGAAGAAAAACCGAAGCCGAAAGAUGACGUGAAACAGAGACUCUCUAAGCCUGAAAAGCAACUGGUUAAAAAGGAUCCUGUAAAAGAGGAGAAAAAAGAAGUAAAGAAGAAAGAGGAACGACCCUCAACAAGUCUUUCUAAGAAAGAUGAAAAUGUUGAGAAAAAGAAGGAACCCAUGAAAAAAGACUUAGGAUCGAAACCUAAAAAAGAUUUGAAACCUGAAAUUAAGAAGGAGAUUAAGAAGGAGGUUAAACUGGAGGAGAAAAAAACGAUAACUAAGCCAGUUGUUAAGGACCCAAAGAAAGCAUCUGGAAGUGCUUCUUCUGAAGCAAGGAAAUCAACAGCCAAGAAUGGGUCAUUAAGGAAAGACUCAACCAUCACUAAAAAGGACACUUUAAAUAAAGGAAUGAAGUCUAAACUAGAGAAUCAUGAAGAGCACAGUCUGAAACCAAACUCUGAUCAGAAGUCAUCUGAGGAUACUGCUGCAAAUGUUGAGAAGGUAAAAUUGGAAAAUAGAGUAUUGGAUGAAGAAGGGAAUUGUUUAGGUUCUGCAGCUAAAUGUACUGAGCAAGCUGAAAAAGAUCAACAUCAGUUAAAUGGAGCGCAAAGUGGAACAGACUUGCCUGAAACCCCAGAGAAAUUUCGAUGUACAGAGACUCUAUCUGCCUCAAAUACUACUUUGGGAUCUCCUUCACCAUUAGCAAAGACUCCAAAAAAUGAGAAGAGUGUCAAUUUUGAUCUCACACCAGUGGACUGUGGAGUCCUUGAAAUGGUCUCUCCUGCAAACACUGCAGGACAGGCAUCUUUCUGUCAAACUCCUGAAAAUGAUCAUCCAGGUACUGGUCCUGAAGAUACUCAUGAGGGAGUUAGCUUAAAAAGUCAUGUGACCGCCAAUUCCACAUCUUUAAAGGACAUACUCCCAGAUGCAUCAUCCACAGUCACGUCCCUGCCUGCUGAGGAAGGUUCUCCACAUUCAACUGAAGUUGACAAUUCUUUAUCAGUUUCUUUCGAGCAAGUCAUUCCCCCUGUUGGUCAUACAGAAGACAGCGAGUACACCAGUGAACAAGAUUCAAAAGCACAUAUGUCAUUACCUUUAAGGACAUUCUGUAAUGGUGACCAGAACUAUAACGGGCCUGAGAAGCAUCUCUCUGGCCCACAGGCUCUUUGCUCUGAUAUUCCACCUCAUGAUGUUGACCUUUGUUUGGUGUCUCCUUGUGAAUUUGAGCAUCACAAAUCUCCAGAAAACCAAACAGGGUUACCUAGCCCAGGUGCUCACAACUACUCACCCGAGAGUGACCAGUCUCAAGAACCUGCUAAAUCACCUUCACAGUGCAACAACAGUGUUUGUUACUCUUCACAAGGCCAAGAGACAACGCCAACCUCUGUCAGUGACUCCCUUCCUACAGUCUCAGACUCUGAUGUCCCGCCAGCGACAGGAGAGUGUCCUUCAAUUAGCGAAGACCUGGAGUCUGAUGAGGAGUCCGCUGACCUUUUUCCACCCCAUCACCCACACGAUCAUCCCAGCAGUCACUCGUUUCACAUGGACACUGCACAUUCCUCUCCAGAUCCCCCUCCAGCACCAAUGAAAGACUUGCCCCCCCUCCCACCUCAGCCUGGCGCCUGCAUGGUAGACCCUGAAGCUGAUUCCCAAGUCAAGUCUUCAAAGAAUGUAGCUCUGAAGGCUAAAAAACCAGCAACUUCUGGCACACAAAAAAUGGCAGCUGCAAAUCCUUCAGCACAAAGUAGCAAGACAAAGGCCGGUUCUCAGGCAACAACGAGCGGUUCAGUUAGGUCUUCGUCAAGCUUGGAUACAAAGCCUGCGUCACGUAGUACCAUAAGUAACGUGAGACCAAUGUCAGGAAGUGCAAAACUACAAUCAGGUCCAGUGGGUAACAAGUCAAGUGCUCCAUCAGUUUAUCUGGACUUUGCAUACCUACCCUCUGGCUUUGCAGCGUCUUCAGUUGACGUGGAAUUUUUCCGUCGUGUGCGCUCCUCCUGCUAUAUAAUAAGUGGGGAAGAAUCGUAUAAGGACUCAGUCAUGAGACCCAUCCUUGAAUCUCUUUUAGAAGGAAAGGCGGCCUGGCCAGAAAUACAGGUCACUCUGAUCCCCACGUUUGAUUCGCUCACGAUGCACGACUGGUACCAAGAGACGCAUGAAAGACAAAAAGAGCUAGCGAUAACCGUGUUGGGAAGCAACAGUACCGUAGCCAUGCAGGAUGAAACAUUCCCUGCCUGCAAAGUGGAAUUUUGAAUGGGAAGUGGGGGGAAAAAAUCCUGCGAAGAAAUCACUCCUAUUUAAAUCAUUUAGGCUAAUUAGGCCAAUUCAGAUGUAACGUUGAUAGAUUUUUUUUUCUUUAAAGAUAUGCAUUAAUUAGCAUAAGCUCUGAGAAUUAGCUAAAAAAAACUGUGAAUCUCCAUUAAUGAAGAUUUACAGAAGCUGAUGGUAGUAUGCUAUAGAUCUUGUGUGAACAAAAGGAGUAAACAAAAGUUUGGGGGGGGGGGGUUGAUUUUUUUUUUUCUGGUGAAAUAUUGAUUGUUUUAACAGUCUCAAGCUGUAUAGACUUUAUAGAUCAUGGUAAGAUCAUGUUUCUUAUUUCCUUAAUUACUACAGUCUGUUGUUUUGCAUGGUUGCACAGUUUGGAUUUUCAGCACAAACAGGGAAACACAAAACACCAGUGGACUUUGUGAUGGACGGGAGAAGGCUAGAUGGUCAUCAUGCCGAUCCCACGGAGUUAUUUUUAAUUAUCUCUUAAUGACAAACGUUUUGUUUUGGACAUUUGUUAUAACCCAGCAAAUAUUUUGUCAUGUUUCGCCUGUUUUCCUCAACUGUAAUGAUUGAUUCCUCUGUAGAGUUGAAAUCACAUUUGCAUGGUUAGACAGUUUGAUGUCAGUUUUUGUUGAAUUUUCACAUUUGUUGUUGAUAGUAAUCAUGCACCACACACAAGCACCAGUGUUUAGUAAUUUCUUGUUUACUGCAGUCGUUUAUUUAUACUGCAUUCAACUACAGCCUGUAACUUAGAAUUUGCAGCCUCAUACCCAGAAAGAAAAACCAAAGAAAACGCCUCCUUAUUUGGAAUUCCUAUUUAGAAUGUCAGGAAGGUCUUCUCAACUAGCCAUGAGACGUCAUUUCAACAGUAAAUAAGCAUACCACUUAUUUAGAAGAUUUUAUACUACUUUAAAUUCAUCAAAAUAGACAAUCAAAUAUGCAAGGCGGACCGUAUAGUCUGAUGUCUUGAGGAGCUAAAUGCACAAUAUUAAACACAUGAUCAAUUUCUGUUGUAGAGUUAGCUGGGUGUUGCUAACAAAACACACAUUUUUCCCCACGUUGUAUUUUGAACACACCAAGCUAAUUCCGCAAUAUUACACAAUUCCAAGUUUAGACUUCCUAUUUCUGAGUUGAAUGCAGUAUAAGUGUAGUAGGACUAAUUUUAUGUAGUGACGGUACACUGUGAGCCAAUUCUUUUACAAAACCAUCCUGUAUAUUUUUAUUAUUAUUAUUAUUUGUUGUUGUUGUUUAUUUUUUGUUUUGUUUUUUACAAUUCAGAAACAUGUUGUGUUUUGAUGCAUGCUAAGGAGACACUAACUCAAAGAAUCUGUGAAUUACUGUUUCCUGGAUUCAAAAUUUCAGAUUUUUGGAUCCGGAUGUAGUAUGAUGAAGUUACUUGGAGCUUUUUCAACAUUUUAAAAGAUUUCUUUAUUCCAAAAAUAAAAUGUACAAAAUGAACACUUUACCCAAUUUGUAAUCAGCCAGCUGAGACAUGGUUUAUUUUUGCAUUGGACGUUCAAAGCUCAUGGAAAGAACAAAGUGGCAAAGCAGACACAGUGUUGCUGAGUUACGGUAAAAGACCUGACUCAGCUUGGUUAGUUAGUGGUCUAUGACAUAAUGAGUGUAAUGGCAUCGAUGGUGGUAUGAGCAUGAAAUUUGAAGCUUUCUAUGCAGAUAUGUUUGAGCAGAGUGUACAGGUGAAGAGUUAAGAGAACUGAACAGACUGAAGGAUUAAAAUGUGGUUGCUAUUGCAUGGCUUUUUUUUUUUUUUUUUUAGGUAGAGAUGAAGUGAGGACUAAUGUACCACCAUCAGCAGGUGAAGUACCGUGAAAACACCAACAUUGCAAUGAAGGAAGUUUAAACCAAAAUUUAUUAAAAACGAAUCUUUGACACCAUGAUUUAUCAGGUGUCAAUUAUAAAGAUUUAUUUGAAUGACAUUCAGGGUUGAUUGCUCUUUCAUUCAGAAAAAUAAAACACCAAGAACCCCGUAAUAUUUACAGAACUGAGAUUUUGCAGUGUUAAAAACUAAAGCUGGGAUUCAUUUCUUUUAACAGUGUUUUUUUUGUGCUUGUGUACCAUUUGGUGCAUCAUUAAGGGAAAAUGGUGUGUGUUGUAAAAGAUACCUGGUUUAUUAAUGGAGUGAUGGUUAAUGGAGAACUACGAGGCGUGAAUGCGGACACAUUGAGCAUCCUAAGUAGAAACUUGCAAAUCCGACAGCUUGACAUUUUUUUUUCCCCCAGUGUGUGUGAUGUUGAAUUACAAGCCACUAAAUCAAGUCCACAAGCCUUAAACACUAUCACAUCCAAGUUGGCUGGACAAAUCAAAUGCUUCAGAUUCAUGAUUUGCAUAUUUGCAAACUGGGUCAUGUGUGAGUGAAAAUCCAUUUGCAUUAAAGCAGUCUGCACUAUUUAAACUUUU